UCCAAUCCCAGCCCACCACGGAAUCCCAUUCCCGAUUCCUUCUUCCCCAACUCCUCGCCCCCGCAACCUCCCCCUUCCUCCUCCUCCUCCUCCCCUCCUCCUCCACCCGUGCGCCUCGCUGGGGCCUAGGGUUUGCUCCCGCCCUUCACCGCCGCGACGACCACGGGCGCGCAGGACCCCACCGCCUCGGAUGCUAUGCUGCUAGGCUGCAGGUCCCUCUCCUCCUGGGUGCGCCGCCUCGUCGCCUGCAUGGGAAGUUGCCUUGGAUGCUGUGGCUGUGCUAAGCCUGCUCCGAUAAUAGCGGUCGAUGAGCCUUCAAAAGGUUUGAGGAUCCAAGGCCGCUCAGUAAGGAAGACAAACUUGUCUGAGGGCUUCUGGAGCACGAGCGCACACGGGAUUGGAAACAGCGCGCUACAAUCGCAGAGGAGCAUGUCUUCAAUCAGUACAGCGCCGCAAUCCAGCGAUCAGCAUGGAGCUGGAAGUAGCAGCAACCCAAACGAGUUUGUAAAUCAAGGUCUUGUGCAGUGGAACCAGACUAGACAACAGUGGGUUGGAAACAAAAAACGCAAAUCUCGACUUGAAAAGCCCCGAGAACCAAAGAUAAGUUGGAACACAACGUACGAGAGCCUGCUAGGAAGCAAUAAACUAUUCUACCAACCAAUUCCUCUUGCGGAAAUGGUAGACUUGCUUGUGGACGUGUGGGAGCAAGAAGGACUAUACGGUUAGACAUGGAAAAGAACAUUUGUUUCAAGUCACGUUAUGAGAUUAUAGAUUGUCAAGAGCUCAGUGAGCUCUAAGUUGGCAAAAGUGUAUAUUUGGUGAGCUCAAUUAUGUACUGGGACCUUGAACAUACAGUAUUAUUAUCUUAAAUCAAUUGUAAUUUAUUACUGCUUUUUAUAGAAUAGUAAUAAGUUGAUGGCA